CUCUUCUCCUUUUCUAUUCUAUCACAUUCCAUCUCUCUCUCUCUCUUCUCUCUCUCUGUGAUCUCUUGAUCCAAUAUGACGAAGAGUGCCCUAAAGAUCUGGUUCAUGUUGGCCAUGCUAAUUGCAAUGGUGAUCACUCUUUCUGUAAGAGCAGAGGAAGAACAAGUGUCCAUUGCCGAGGAUACUGACGACGAAGAAGUUGAGACAGUUUCUUCGCUGGAAGGUCAAGGAGUCACCACUUCACUUCGAGGGGCCAGCCGGUUUCUCUCGGAGAAGCCCCGUGCGGCAAUGACAUGCGACAAGUACCCCAGAGUUUGCCAUGUGAAGGGCAGCCCGGGGCCGGAUUGCUGCAAGAAGAAAUGUGUGAAUGUGAAGACGGACAAGCUCAACUGCGGCAUGUGCGGGAAGAAGUGCAAGUACUCGGAGAUUUGCUGCCAUGGCAAGUGUGUGAAUCCAUGGAAUGACAAGAAGCACUGUGGAAGCUGCAACAACAAAUGCAAGAAGGGGAGUGCAUGUGCGUACGGGAUGUGCAGCUACGCUUAAAAACAUCGGCAAUAUAUAUAUAUAUGUAUGUAUGUAUAUUGUCA